AUGACAAAUGACAUAAAAUUGUUGUAUUGUAGGGGUCCUGCAUUAUAUGAUAAACUAUCAUCAACUCAAUGUAUAUAUUGUGGUUUUGAUCCAACAGCAGAUAGUUUACACAUUGGGAAUCUACUAGCUAUAAUUGGUCUUAUACAUGCACAUAGAUACGGUCAUAUGGCUGUUGCUUUAGUUGGUGGUGCUACAGCUCAAAUAGGAGAUCCAAGUGGUAGAACUAAAGAAAGAGAUCGCAUAGACUUACAUGAUGUUGAAAGAAAUGUUGAAAAGCUUACAGAAAAUCUACAAAGAAUCUUUGAUAAUCAUUCAACUUGUUUUCUACCUAGAUCUCACAAUCUAGAGAAUAUCAGGAUUGUAAAUAAUAUAAGUUGGUAUCAAAAUAAAAAUGUGAUAGAUUUUUUAUCAAAGGAAGGUAAAAAGUUUAGAAUGAAUGCUAUGUUGAACAAAAGCAGUGUACAAAGUCGUCUGUCAAAACCAGAAGGAAUGAAUUUUUCUGAAUUUACCUAUCAGAUAUUUCAAUCUUACGACUGGUAUCAACUUUAUAAAAACUACAAAUGUACAAUUCAAAUUGGUGGUUCCGAUCAGCUAGGUAAUAUCACAGCAGGCUUUGAUUUUCUUCUGAAACAAGUUGACGAGGACAGUUUCUUUGGUCUGACUAUACCUUUAAUAACAGCAUCUAGUGGUGAGAAACUGGGUAAAUCUACUGGUAAUUCUUUAUGGUUAGAUCCUUAUAAAACAUCAGCUUACCAACUAUAUCAGUAUUUCUUUAAUUUUGCUGAUUCUGAUGUUGAAGAAUAUUUAAAUUUGUUUACAUUUCUAACUGACCAAGAAAUAACCCAAAUAUUAGAAGAACAUCAGAGUGCUCCUCAUAAAAGAUUGGCACAGAAAAGACUAGGAGAGAAUGUGACUUUACUUGUUCAUGGAGAAAAGGGAUUAAAUACAGCUAAGAAAUGGACUGAUGUAUUAUUUGGUGGAACAGUAGAAUUGUUACAGACUUUAACUAAAGAUGAUUUACAACAUUCACCAGAAUUAUUAGUUACUGAAGUACCAGUAUCAGAUAAAACUAAUUUAAAACAUUUAUGUAUCGACUACUUAAAGGUUCAUCCAUGUAAGUAUUUUGAUAAAAUAUUAAACACUGGUGGUUUACAUAUUAAUUAUGAACGUGUUAAUGAUAACAUAACAAUAGAUGAUAGCCAUAUAUUACCAAAUAAUAUAACAAUGAUUCAGUUAGGUAAGAAGAACCAUUAUUUGUUGAAAUGGUCAGAUGGAUAA